AAAUGGUGGUAGUAAAUAAUAAAUUGCGUUUUUUACCCCUUAUCACUCGAUUUGCCUAGUGGUUAAAUAAUAGUAAUAAUAAGUUGUGUAUAUGGUUAACUAUAUGCAAGUUUCAGGUACGUUUUCGGCGGUUAACCAGAAACAAAUGAAACACUCUCUAAUCACCGUAAAACUUAAACUCUUUGCGAUUGUUUAAUUCCUACCCCAAAAUCUUUGAAAUCUCAAACAUUUACCCCUUUCCGCGAAUAAGCAACUUAUUUUCUUCCUCAUGACUGCUCAACCUCGAGCAAGUAGAGUCACCGUAUACUGAGCAAAGAUGAUGCUGGAUCUAGGUCCAUUUUCGGACGAGAAAUUCGAUCCUAAGAAAUGGAUCAACUCUGCUUGCAAAAGUCGCCACCCGCAGGAAUCGUUGGACAAGCACUUGGUGGAUCUCGAAAUGAAGCUUCAGAUGGUCUCCGAGGAGAUCGCUGUCUCUCUCGAAGAGCAAAGUGCCACUUCUCUCCUCCGUGUCCCGCGUGCCACUCGCGAUGUCAUUCGCCUCCGUGACGACGCCCUUUCCCUUCGGAAUUCCGUCUCUUCAAUUCUCCAGAAGCUCAAGAAGGCGGAGGGGUCCUCGGCGGAAUCUAUAGCUGCACUUGCUAAAGUUGAUACUGUCAAACAGAGAAUGGAAGCCGCGUAUAGGACUUUGCAGGAUGCAGCUGGUUUAACUCAAUUAAGUUCAACUGUAGAAGAUGUGUUUGCUAGCGGUGAUCUUCCUCGAGCUGCAGAAACUUUGGCCAACAUGAGGCAUUGCUUGUCUGCCGUAGGGGAGGUUGCUGAAUUUGCUAACGUGAGGAAGCAACUUGAGGUCUUAGAGGAUAGGUUGGAUGCAAUGGUACAGCCUCGUCUGAUGGAUGCAUUGUCCAAUCGCAAGGUUGAUAUUGCACAAGAUUUGCGGGGAAUUCUCAUUCGAAUUGGAAGAUUCAAGUCUCUAGAGAUGCAUUAUACAAAAGUUCACCUAAAGCCCAUAAAACAGCUUUGGGAAGAUUUUGACUCGAGACAACGAGCUAAUAAGGUUGCGAGUGAGGAGCAUGAAAUGGAAAGGCUAUCGAGCAACACUGAUUUGCAUACAAUUUCAUUCUCAAGUUGGUUGCCUAGUUUCUAUGAUGAGUUGCUUCUCUAUCUUGAACAAGAAUGGAAGUGGUGUAUGGUUGCUUUUCCUGAUGAUUACAAGAGUCUUGUACCAAAGCUACUGAUUGAGACAAUGCAAGCUAUAGGGGCAAGCUUUGUUUCCCGUGUCAAUCUUGCAACUGGAGAUGUUGUUCCUGAAACAAAAGCACUUGCCAAAGGUAUAUUAGACAUUUUAUCUGGAGAUAUGCCUAAGGGUAUCAAAAUUCAGACUAAGCAUCUUGAGGCCCUUAUUGAAUUGCACAACAUGACGGGGACAUUUGCAAGGAAUAUUCAGCACGUAUUUUCAGAAUCUGAACUUCGAGUUUUAUUGGACACUCUGAAGGCUGUUUACCUUCCCUAUGAAUCAUUUAAGCAGAGGUAUGGACAGAUGGAACGGGCCAUCCUGUCUUCUGAGAUUGCAGGGGUGGACCUAAGGGGAGCUGUCACUCGUGGUGUGGGAGCACAGGGAAUUGAACUGAGCGAAACAGUUAGGAGAAUGGAAGAGUCUAUUCCCCAAGUUAUCGUACUUCUUGAAGCAGCUGUUGAGAGGUGCAUUAACUUUACGGGUGGCUCUGAGUCAGACGAGCUAAUUCUUGCCCUUGAUGACAUAAUGUUACAGUAUAUUUCUUUCCUGCAAGAAACCCUUAAAUCACUAAGAGCUGUCUGUGGAUUGGAUAGUGUUGGUGAUCCAAAGAGGGAUGUGGGUUUAGAGAAAAAGGAAGGGGGCCAAAAUGUACGCAAAGGUGACUUGGUUUCAAAUGAAGAGGAAUGGUCCAUUGUCCAGGGGGCUUUGCAGAUACUAACUGUUGCAGAUUGUCUAAUGAGCAGAUCCUCUGUCUUUGAAGCUUCCUUGAGAGCUACUCUGGGGAGACUGAGCACAACUUUGUCUCUUUCAGUAUUGGGAUCCAGUUUGGACCAAAACCAGUCACAUGUUGCUGCUAAUGAUGGAAAUGGGGAACCAUCUUUGGGUGGAAGGGCUGCUUUGGAUGUGGCAGCUGUCAGGCUUGUUGAUGUUCCUGAGAAGGCUCGGAAACUUUUUAACCUUUUAGAUCAGUCAAAAGAUCCUCGGUUUCAUGCACUUCCAGUUGCAUCACAGAGAGUUGCAGCAUUUGCUGACACAGUGAAUGAACUUGUAUAUGAUGUCCUUAUAUCUAAAGUACGGCAACGCCUCAGUGAUGUGUCUCGUUUGCCUAUCUGGUCCUCAGUAGAGGAACAGAGUGCUUUCCCUCUUCCAACCUUUAGCGCUUAUCCACAAUCAUAUGUAACCAGUGUUGGUGAAUAUCUUCUAACUCUGCCCCAACAGUUGGAACCCCUUGCUGAGGGUAUAUCUAACAGUGAUGCAAACAAUGAUGAAGCCCAAUUUUUUGCAACUGAAUGGAUGUUUAAGGUUGCGGAAGGUGCCACUGCUCUUUACAUGGAGCAAUUGCGGGGUAUUCAGUACGUAACAGAUCGUGGAGCACAGCAGCUGUCUGUUGAUAUUGAGUACUUGAGUAAUGUGCUUUCUGCUCUGUCAAUGCCAAUUCCUCCGAUCCUUGCAACAUUUCACACAUGCUUCUCAACCCCUAGAGACCAGCUGAAGCAUCUAGUAAAAUCGGAUGCAGGGAACCAGCUUGAUAUUCCAACGGCAAAUCUUGUGUGUAAAAUUCGGCGCGUUAGUUUAGAUUAGAGUUUUACAAGUAUAGUAAAAAAAUUUUGGAUAUUUUGCUCUCGUAUUCUUUUUUAUUAUAGUAGAUUUACGAAGAAGUAUAUUCCUCUUAAAUUUUUUAAAUAUAUGUGUGUUGUUUCCUUUUUUAUUUUUUUUGUUUUCGAAAUAAAGGGAAUAUCUUGUUUUUGUAA